UUCAAUUUCGAUCCGAAGAAGAAAUGGAGGGAGUGGAUUACUUGAGUGAUGAGAGAAAUAAGGCACAGUUCGAUGUGGAUGCCAUGAAAGUUGCUUGGGCUGGUUCUCGUGAAGCUUUUGAAGUCUCUGAUCGAAUAGCCAAGCUCGUCGCUAAUGAUCCUGCCUUUGAGAAGUUUAGCAGGCCUAUGCUUGGUAGGAAAGAGCUGUUCAAGAGUACUCUUAGAAAAGCUGCUCAUGCAUGGAAGCUGAUCAUUGAUCUUCGUCUAUCUGAAGAAGAAGCCACACUCUUGCGACAUUAUAUUGACGAACCUGCUUACACUGAUCUUCAAUGGGAAAUGUUCAUCCCAGCUAUUGAAGGACAAGGCACUGAGGAACAAAAAAGGAAAUGGUUGCCAUUGGCCCGAAAGAUGCAAGUUAUUGGUUGUUACGCACAAACAGAACUUGGCCAUGGGUCCAACGUUCAAGGUCUUGAAACAACUGCAACAUUUGAUCCCCAAUCAGAUGCGUUUGUCAUUAACAGUCCUACUUUAACUUCAAGCAAGUGGUGGCCUGGUGGAAUGGGUAAAGUGUCAACACAUGGUAUUGUUUAUGCUCGCCUCAUACUAGAUGGUCAAUUCCAUGGAGUCCAUGGCUUUAUUGUCCAAUUGAGGAACUUAGAAAAUCACUCACCUGUUCCUGGCAUUACGGUUGGUGAUAUUGGGCUGAAGUUUGGAAAUGGGGCAUAUAACACCAUGGAUAAUGGUGUUUUAAGAUUUGAUCAUGUGCGUAUCCCAAGGAACCAAAUGUUGAUGAGGGUGUCACAGGUUACAAAGGAAGGAAAAUUUGUGCAAUCUGAUGUUCCUCGACAGCUCAUAUAUGGUACCAUGGUGUAUGUUAGGCAAAAAAUUGUGGCUAAUGCUUUCAAAGCAUUAUCUCGUGCAGUUUGUAUUGCUACAAGAUAUAGUGCAGUUCGUAGACAAUUUGGCUCACGUAAUGGUGGACCCGAAACCCAGGUGAUUGAUUAUAAAACUCAGCAAAGUAGACUCUUCCCUUUGCUGGCUUCUGCUUAUGCCUUCAGAUUUGUUAGUGAGUGGUUGAAAUGGUUGUACACGGAUGUGAAGCAAAGAUUAGAAGCUAAUGACUUCUCAACAUUGCCCGAGGCCCAUGCAUGUACUGCAGGCUUGAAAUCCUUGACAACUGCUGCAACAGCUGAUGGAAUUGAAGAAUGUCGAAAACUAUGUGGUGGUCAUGGUUACCUUGUCAGUAGUGGGCUUCCCGAACUAUUGGCAGUUUACGUGCCUGCUUGUACGUAUGAAGGAGACAAUGUUGUCAUGAUGCUACAGGUUGCGAGGUUUCUUGUGAAGACAGUCUCGGAGCUGGGAUACAAACAGCCAGUUGGGACAACAGCUUAUAUGAGACGAGUGGCAGCUCUGAUGCAGAGUAAUUGUACCGUCAAAACUGCUGAGGACUGGCUAAACCCGGGUGCAAUAGUCGAAGCAUUUGAGUCAAGGUCUGCUAGAAUGGCUGUUGCCUGUGCUCAACGGUUAACCAUGUUUGAAAAUCCUGAAGAAGGCUUUGCAGAACUAUCGGCUGAUUUAGUCGAGGUGUCACUUGCUCACUGCCAAUUAAUUGUCGUGUCCAAAUUUAUCGAGAAAUUGCAACAACAAAUCCAUGGAAACGGGGUUAAACAAUCGUUAGAAGUGUUGUGCUAUGUGUAUGCGUUAUUUCUUCUUCAUAAGCAUCGAGGUGAUUUCCUUGCAACCGGGUAUCUUACGCCCAAACAGGCCUCACUUGCCAACGAUCAACUCCGAAUUUUGUAUUCUAAGGUUCGUCCAAAUGCAAUUGCCUUGGUCGACUCUUUCAACCACACCGAUCACCUCCUCAGUUCAAUUCUUGGGCGUUAUGACGGGAACGUGUAUCCAAAACUCUACGAGGCCGCUUUUAAAGAUCCGUUCAACGACUCAGAUGUAGCUGACGGCGUCCAUCAAUACGUCCAACCAAUUUUGAAGCAAGAGCUACAAGCCGCUAAGCUAUAAUAACUCGUAGCUACUCUAAGUGAACACACACAACCCUACUACGAUGAGUGUUCAACCAUAUUUUUGGUUUUAGGUAGCUUUUUAAUGUUUGGUUUCAAGUUGUAAUAAUAGCGGGGACCCAUUAAACCUUGUGUCUAUAUUGGUAUGUAAC